UAUGACACGACCAUUUCCACAAGCAUCAUAUACGCAUCUCAUAUCUGGCUAAUCUCACAUUAGUUGGUUCAGUUUCUCGCUGGCUAUUCCUAAUUCAUGGACUAAUGAAUCACAGCCAAAUUCAUUCAUGGAGAUGCAACAACCAAAGCAGAGGCAGAGGAGGGUUCAGAGGCUAAGAUGCUCUGUCAUGAACUACGACUGGGGUAAGAAAGGCCGAGACUCUGUGGUGGGCAGGUUGUGUGCCUCCAAUUCUCAUUCUGAAAUCGACCUAGAAAAGCCUUACGCUGAAAUGUGGAUGGGAACACAUGACUCUGGACCCUCCUUUUUGAUUGAUCAGGAUCUGAAUAAUAAUAAUAAUAGCACCACUACUGGGUCAUCUCCGUCUCUCAGAGACUGGGUUUCUAACAACCCUAAUGACAUGCUCGGUCACAAGGUUGUCCAAAAAUGGGGCUCCUCUGAUCUGCCUUUCUUGUUUAAGGUGCAAUCCGUGGCAAAGGCAUUGUCAAUACAGGCACACCCAGAUAAGGAAUUGGCCAAGGCUUUGCACAAGUCUAUGCCAGAUAUUUACAAGGAUGAUAAUUAUAAGCCUGAGAUGGCGCUGGCCUUGACACAUUUUCAGGCUCUUUGUGGUUUUAUCACUCUUGAGGAGCUUAAGAAGGUGAUUGGUAAUGUCCCUGAGAUUGUAGAACUGGUUGGUAGUGAGGUCGAAAACCAAUUGCUCCGCACGACCAAAGAAGAUGGGGAGGAUAAAGUCAAGUCUGUUAUACGUUUGAUUUUUGCCCAACUCAUGUCAACUAACAAGGAAAUUAUAACCACAGUAACAACUAAAUUGAAGAGUCGUUUACAGACGGAAAGCCAGGUGAGGCAGCUGACAGAAAAGGAGCAGCUAGUGUUGCAAUUGGAAAAGCAAUAUCCGAACGAUGUGGGUGUGAUAGCUGCAUUCUUUCUUAACCAUGUGAAGCUUAAUCCUGGAGAAGCAUUAUGCCUUGGAGCAAAUGAACCCCAUGCCUAUAUAUCUGGGGAUUGCAUCGAGUGCAUGGCAACCUCAGACAACGUAGUUAGGGCUGGCCUUACUCCCAAGCAUCGAGAUAUCAAAACCCUUUGUUCUAUGCUCACAUAUAAGCAGGGUUUCCCUGAAAUCUUGCGAGGAGUUGCUGUGAAUCCUCAUGUAACAAGGUACAUACCGCCUUUUGAAGAAUUUGAGGUUGAUCGGAUCCAUCUUCCCCACGGAGAAUCAACAGAGUUUCCUGCAGUACCUGGUCCUUCCAUUUUUGUGGUCACUUUUGGGAAGGGAACCAUAUGUACGAGUAAUGGAGAUCAUGCAAUCAUCCAAGGAGAUGUUCUGUUUGCACCUGCACACACUGAGAUUAGCAUAACAAGUGCAUCUGAGUUGCACAUAUAUAGAGCCGGAGUGAAUAGCACAUUCUUAGCCUCAUAAUUAAAUGCUACGUCAAUGCCAGAGUAUUACAUACCCAUGGUUCUAACCCUGUAAGCAAUCUUACUGUUGCCAAAGCCACAUUUGGCAAAUUCAAAUCAAAGUCACCAUGAUAU